GUUGUGGGGUUUGUUGUAGUCAUGCGGGAACAGACGAAGCUGAGCGCCGACCAGUGCGAGCAAGGAGCUGGUGGAAUGUCUAGACGAAAACAAGCCAAACCGAGGGCAGUGAAACGUGGUGCAUUUUUGAAGGGAUUAGCUAUUGGUGAAGCUGGACCGUCUUCCAGACCUGAUGACAUUGACGAGGACGGGCUCUCAUUUUUAUCAGACGACACCAAAAGCAAGAAAGCUCGAUCAAGUGCCGGAGAAUCUUCACAUCUUGAGGAGUCAACAAAGAGCCCCAGCUGUAGCCAUUUUAAGACGUUUUGUGAUGAUGACAAUGACUCAGUUGCCUCUGAGAGUGAGGGAAGACAUCCAUUGAAGCUACACGUAGCUAGAAACGAAGCGCAGUCAGAAGAAUUGCUUGACCUCGACGAUGAUGAUGUGGCCAUUGAUGAUGAUGUAGAGGAUGUUGGAGAAGAGGAGGACGAAGAAAUCUAUAAAUGUGACACCUGUAACUCAGCCUUCUUGAGUAUUGCUGACUUCAUGGAUCACAGGAACUAUGACUGCGAUACAGAUAUUGGAAUUGGUGAGGUUGGGGAUUCACCAAGCAAAUUCUCCAUUUCUGGCUCUGAUGAGGGAAAUUCUUCAAGUGAACUCCUAGACCCAGAGUCACCUUACGCCUUAGAGCAAGGAUCCCUAGACAGCAGUCUGCCCUAUCAUUGCCAGUUCUGCGAUAGAGCAUUUCACCGAUUGACAUACCUAAAGAGGCACGAGCAAAUCCACAGCGACAAGAUGCCAUUCAAGUGCCCCUUUUGCAGCCGGCUUUUCAAGCACAAACGGAGCCGGGAUCGCCAUGUCAAGCUGCACACCGGUGACAAGAAGUACCAAUGCACCCAGUGUGAUGCCUCCUUCUCUCGAAGCGACCAUCUCAAGAUCCACCUUAAGACUCACGCAACUGGGAAACCCUUCCGUUGUCCAAUCUGUAACCGUGGCUACACCACUUCUGCAGCCUUGACUGCUCAUACUCAGAACUUUCACAAGACUGAAAUGGUGGGAAAGGGCAAAGACUUUAAGUGUAUGCAUUGCUCUGCCGUAUUCAUGACAUCCGAGAGUCUAUACAGUCACCUCCAGACUCAUGUCACCGAUUCGCCAGAUGGAAAAACUGCCUUAUACACAGUCACUCACAUGAAUGGGGAACCUUUUGCUGAGGCUGUAGAUCAGAAAGAUGAAAACAAAUGUCCGAUCUGUGAGGAAACCCUGACAUCCAUAGAUGAGCUCCAAGCUCAUUUAGAGAUGCAUAAGGACAGCAUGAACCUCCCUUUACAGUGCCAAUACUGUCCGAGGGCUUACUUUCCAAGCAUUACGGUGCUGAAUGUACAUAUGAAGACCUUACAUGCAGACAAACUGUCCAAGAUACAUCAAUGUCAGUACUGCGGCAAAGAAUAUCCAACCUUGUUCAACCUGACUGAGCAUAUGUCAGCAAUGCAUGAGCCUCUUGGUACCCAUUCCAACAGCUCCAAUCAAACCACUCCCUCUAGUACAAUGCUGUCGUGUGCAUACUGUACCAUGGAGUUCAGUUCAGGGCAUGCUCUCCGAAGCCACAUUGACAGCGUUCAUUCGAUCCCCAAUGCGAUCACUUACGAUGCGGAUGGGCGCCUUCUCUGCCCACGUUGCAGCAUGGGGUUUCUUACUGAAGCAGCUCUCUACGAGCACUUCCAGAACUACCACUGCAACUUGGAUUGCCAGUUGACUAACGAUGCCCGAGUCCAGUGCCACCAGUGCACCAAGGUAUACCCCAAUCAAGCGAUGCUCCACGAGCACAUGAAUCGUAGUCAUAGUCAGGCUCUCGACAGCAUGAAGUACCCCUGCCCCUACUGCAUCAAACAGAACCUCUUUGACUCCAUUGAGCAACUCCAGCUCCACGUCCAGGUCUUUCACCAGAGCGACCGAGCUCCAGUUUUUCUCUGCCCAGAAGAGGACUGCAAGGGGCACUUUGACACAGAAGAGGCUCUGAGUGAACACCUCAAGAAUGACCACAGUCAGGAGAACACCAACAGCAAAGAAACAGCCCCAGCGAGCAAAUCCGGCCAUCCAGGAAAAAACAAAAAGGAGAAGAAUAAGGAGCGAAGUAAACACAAAGAGAAGCGGAAGUCGUCUGCUGGUAAGCAAACACCAAUCAGAUCUUCACAGCCAACCCCACCAGGGGAGCCCGGCAACAAGCCUGGGGACUCACAGCUGUCUGAGCCACAAUCUUCUGACCCCCAGUCAUCUACCCAUCAAGACAACCAAGGAGCUUUCUCUUGCCCCACUUGUCACAACGAGUUCACCAGUGAGGAACAAUUGGUGGUCCACGUACUCACCCACUAUAAGACCAUCUCGGCAGAAUACAUUUGCAAAGAUUGCGGCAAGAGUUUCAAGAAACCGGAUGAGCUACAGAAGCACCUGUUUGAAAUCCACGCUCACCACCUCUACAAAUGCUCCCUCUGCAAGGAGGUGUUUGACUCUAAGGUCUCCAUACAGGUGCAUUUUGCCGUGAAGCACAGCAAUGAGUGCAAGCUCUUCAGCUGCAUGAAGUGCGGUGUGGUCUACCGCUCCGAGGGGGACCUCUUAGUUCACGUCAAAUUUGAACACUUGAAGAUCACGCAGCCCUUCAAGUGCCUAUUCUGCAGUCAGAGCUUUGCUUCUGACGUUGAGUUUCAGUGUCAUCUCACCUCCCACUCGGAGCAGUUUCGUUGUCCAUUCUGCAACGCUCCAUAUAGCUCCCAGGAGACCCUUGAAGUGCACUUGCGAGCCACGCAUGAUUACCCAAACCCUUCACCGAAUGUACAGAAAUCCCUCACAAACAAGGAGUCACCAUCCGACAAGCCGGCAUGCAGCUCCUCUGACUCGGAUAACAAUCUCAAGGAAGGCAACGAUAUGAAGGAUGAGGAAGAAGGCUGCUUCAUCUGUAAGAUUUGCGAUGCCAAAUUCCCACUAAAGGUACUCCUUGAAAAGCAUCACCUGAAAGAGCAUGAUAUCCAAGCUCGCAGUGCCUCAAUCCAGUCUCAGAUGUCCUCUGUGACACCCCAGAGUCAGGAACCCAAGAAGAAAUACAAGUACCCCUGUGACACCUGCUCACAAAGUUUCAAGACCAAGUAUGAGUUAAUGAAGCAUGCCAUUGAGCACACUGCAGAGUUCAAAUUGAGAUCAGAAAAUGAGUCUCCCCCACCCAUGAGCGUUUCCUCCAAACAGCCAACCUGGCACUGCAAGUGCUAUGUCUGUAAGCAACCCAUCCAGAUGGAGACAGAGUUUCUAAGUCACGCCCAGCAACACAAUGAAGAAAUCGCCGGCCCAGGUAACACCAUCCGCUGUGUGGCUUGCUUGCAGAUACUGACCUCCAUGGUGGAACUUCAACUUCACGCCAGGUACCACACCCAGGCUCCACCCUCCACAGGGGUGCAUGAGUUAUACCCCUGCUACGUGUGUGGUAAGACAUUCGGUUCCAGAACGGACGUGGUCCCCAAACUGGAUAGCAGCAAUCACCCUUGCUUUAUGUGUCUCAACUGCAUCAAGGCCUCUCUCGAGAGCCAGUUUUCAGGUGUCUCCUCUGGAACCUCUUUUGUCAAGAUGCCACUGAAUAACAAUCACCGCUGCCCAAAAUGCAGCGUGAAGUUUGAGACUCGCGAGGAGCUGGACACUCACCUCCUGACUCAUGGCUCAGGGAAGACAUACCAGUGCAUCAAAUGCCAACAGAACUUUGCAACAGAGAUGGAAAUACAGCUUCAUGUCACGACUCACGUGCUCUCUGAGGGGGUCCAUCUUGAGUGUAAACUGUGCAAAGAUAUCUUUGACUCCCCUGCCAAGCUACAAUGUCAUCUAAUUAAUCACUCCUUUGCUGAUAAGGAAUACCGAUGUCCGGUAUGCAAGGCAAUGUUCAGCUGUGCCCAGGACAUCCAAGCUCAUGCAAUUGAGCAUGGGAUGGAGGCACGGCGUCACAAGUGUUCUCAGUGUAGCCAGACUUUCUUUUUCUCGGCCGAGCUCCAGAACCAUGUCUUGUCCCAUCCCAGCCAGGAGGACCUUGGGAUCUUCAGGUGUGACGAGUGUCGUCGUGUCUUCUCCUCUAGUGCCAGCCUGAGCAACCACGCCCGCUUACAUGCUGCCCCACCCGAUAAGGGCUUCAAGUGCUCCAUCUGCAUGGAGAUGUUCUACUCCACGGUGGAACUGCAGCAGCAUUACUUCCGAACCCACUCAGAGGCUGAGCUGGGAUGCAAGAAGAAAUCCUUCAAGUGUGGCCAAUGCGAUGAGGUGUUUCCCUGUCUGAGUAACCUUCAGGGACACAUGAGAAUUCACACUGAUGGACGUAAGUACACCUGUACCAUAUGCAAUAAAGUCUUCUCUUUAUCGCGUAAUCUGACUAUCCACAUGCGAUCACACAGCGGGGAGAAGCCAUACCAGUGCCCGAUGUGCGACAAACGUUUCGCCCGUAAAGAGAACAGAAAGGUGCACUUGAAAUCACACACAGGCAUCAAGCCCUUCAUGUGCCCCCACUGCGGUAAGAUGUUCUCGCGUAAGUGCCACGUCAGAGACCACAUGAGGACUCACGGCAUGGUGGUGGCCCGUGGCAACCUCUUGCAGUGUGAUCUCUGCCAGGAGAGCUUCACCUUGGCCAAGAAUCUACGCCGACACAUCCGUCGCAUCCACAAGGAGGAAGGGACCUCUCAGAGCAGCUCGGCCUCCCCUCUCAGUUCGGCAGAAUCUCUGAUGGGCGAAGAUGAAACCUCACCAGAACUCGGCAUCUCCUCUGAGAGUGACUCCCUAGGUGCAGAACCAGUUGUCAGCAGCAGUCAGGAUCCCCAAGCAACGGAAGAAAUGCAGGUUCUCUAAAAAAAAAAAGGGAACUAAAAUUGGUUGAAAGGCAUUAAUUUGAGGUCUGUCCUCUAUUACAAAUCCUACACCCUGUGUAGAAUUGCUACUCCUGUUUCAUUCUCAAUUCCACCUCCAAAACACCUGCCAAGAAUCUAGCCUGAAAUCACUGGUCCUUUUCCAGGGAAAUAUGGUGAACUUAUUCACAAACUAUAGAGUAGUAGUGUAAUUCACUCAAGUGAUGUCAUAUCAUGUAACUUUAACAACUCAUUUAUCUGGCAGUGGACGCUUAUAAAGUUGAUACAUGUAAGUGCAUUUUGUUUUUAAAACAGCAUAGAGCCUGAAAGUAAAACGUCAAGCAGCGAGCUUCUGGAACCCUCGCCUACGGGGAUUUUUCAUGGGGCCAUCCUAUCACGUUUGAUAACUUUUGGAAGAAUGAUUGCUUACUGAAACCACCCCAUGAAAACUCAUGUUGGAAUUUAACCUUUGUCUUCCUCGACUAAUAUUUAGGAAAAGUCACUGGAGGUGGGUAAAAAAUGAAUUUUAUCAACGACCUUUCAUGUCCGGUGAUAUCGUACCUAGGUCUCCUUGUUUAGUGCACGCUUGUUUUCACUCCCCGUGCUUACGUGAAAACGAGAUUGUAAAAUGUUGCUACCUGUAGUCAGUGGGUUCCAUGUUUUGUUGAUUUGGCAUAAUGCAGUUGUUGUCAGCAAAUUUGAAUAAAAUAUUAGAAUCUUUCGUAAAA